GUUAUUUGGUUAUUUAUACGACCUAAACAUAACCUUGUACGAUGGUAAGAAGCCCUUUGAUGUAUAAUUCCGAUCGCAUUUGGCCGGUUCUAUGAUGUUUUUGCGCGAACCUUUGUCAGCGUGGGCGUGUUAUUGUUCACAAACUGUCGAUUAACGGACCCAGCUUCGAUAUCGAUAUGUAUUCUUUGUUUUUAUCAACUCACAAACGAGUGACAGUAACAAAGCAAAGAAAGCGAAUUCGGAAGUGUUUCCGAUCGUUUGUAAAUCAGACCAAAACUGGGGUUUCAGUUGAUUUUUUCUUUUUCUUUUAGGAUUCCGUAAACAAAGGGUGGCAACAAAACCUUAUUAUUUUUGAAUAAUGUUCUAAGCCUACUAUUAAGCCUUCGCUGUCCGUCCGUUUGUCAGCGGGUAGUAUCUCUUGAACCUUAACAUUAUAUAAACAGCUGAAAUUUUGACAGAAUGUUUAUGUCUAUUGCUGAUUACAACAAAUAAAAAUAAAAAAGUUAUUGCAGUUGGAUGAACUAUUAGAUUAAAAUUCAUUCCAUAGAACGAUCCUAUGCUACAACUGCAGCGAUUUAUUUAUAUUUUUAUUUCGUUGGUCUGUAUUUUAUUUCUAUCUAUCGUAAUUAACUCUACUCGUUUUUCAGUUCUGGUGGCUUCAUUACGAAUAAAAUUCACAACAUAGGUAUUAUCUAAGUAUUGCUUAACCAAUAAAGUUAAGUCUUAGAAACUGAGUCAUUAUAAUUUCACAUUGUACCAUAUCUACUGUUGUCAAUACAAACUAUAAUUAACAAAUCAGAGUAAUUAACUUAGAUAAAUGAGAACUUUGGCCCCAUACCUACUAGACUGGAUGAUAUCAUUUUAUUAGCCGUUACUGGUUCUUAAGCACGUAUCUUUGAAAAUAUUAAAAUUUUAUAAACAAAAUCUUAAGUUCAAAUUUAUAAAAGUUUAAAUUGUGUUAGUUUUUUGACAAGUGUUAGCUGUUGGAGACAUGAGUAAUCUCGGCAUUAAAGAUAUAGACCAAGUGAAUUUAAAAGAUCGUCGGCUGGAGAUAAAGUUUGGUGAUAAUGAUUCUAUAACAUUUGAAGACUGCUGGCUCCGAGAUCAUUGCAGAUGUUCCACCUGUUAUCACGCAGACACGUUCCAGAGAGCUCAGCACAUACUCGAUAUACCCGACUCCACAGUCUGUAGCUAUUGCCACGAUAAAUCACAACUUACUAUCACGUGGAAUGACGGCCAUAAAUCCACAUAUACGUCGGAGUUUUUGGCGCAAUUCGAAUACGGUAAAUGGAGCGAGAGUCGAAGGUUGCGCCCUGUGCUGUGGCAUGGCUGUCAGGUCUCUGAAAAGGUAUCGAGGGUGCCUGUCAAGCAAUUUUUGGAGACCGAAAAUGGAGCUAAGGCUGUAUUCCAAUCGCUGCUCGACUUUGGAGUUGCUCUCAUAACAGGGGUAGAGGUAUCGGUGGAAGGCACAGAGGCUGUCUGUCAAGCUUUGGGUGGCGUCCAAUAUACCUUGUUUGGCGGAAUGUGGAAGUUCACCACGAUAGCUGACCACGCCGACACCGCAUACACCAACCUGCCACUGGCGGUGCACAACGACAACACAUACUUCACUGAAGCUGCUGGUUUACAAAUUCUGCAUUGCCUUGAACACUCGAACGGUACUGGUGGUGAAACUAUUUUAGUUGAUGGUUUCUAUGGUGCCACGAGACUGAAAGAAAGCUCACCUGAAGAUUACGAGUUUCUAACAACCUUUGAUUUGGAAGCUGAAUAUCUAGAAGAAAAUUAUCACCACAAAUUUUCUGGACCUGUUAUCAAUAUUGACAAUAGAACCAAAGAUCUUGUUCAAAUAAGAUACAACGUUUACGACCGGUCGGCGAUGGCAUUUGGCAGCAGUGAGCAAUGCCGGUCGUACUAUCGCUCCCUGAGGAACCUCGCUCGCUACUAUCAAGAUCAGGCCAAUGAGUGGAAAUUCAAGCUCAGUCCAGGCACCGUCAUGGUGAUGGACAACUUCCGUGUUCUGCAUGGCAGGACCGCGUUUACAGGCACGAGAGUGUUGUGCGGUAGCUACGUGGCACGAUCCGAUUGGCUGGAUAAGGCCCGGACACUGCUACUUAUAAAAUGAUACAAUUGUUACGAUAAUUUUAAAUAAAAAAAGUGAAUCUUCAACAAAAAAUAUUGUUUUCAAUAAGAGAUUUUUUAAAUCUUAAAGGUAGAGGUAACGAUAUAAAAUUAUAUACUGUGAAAUAUCUAGAGUAUUCAUCAUUUGCCUAUUAAUGUCUCCACUGCUGGGGCCCUGGCCUUUCAUAUGGAUAGAAUAGAGAGAUUGGGCCAUGACUCACCAUGCAGGCCAAGUAAGAAUUGAUGGGUGCUAACGACUGCAGAUGGAGUCGGUACCAACGGCUUAACGUGCCUUCCGAUGCACAUAUGCAUAUACACAUUCAAUGACUGAACCCUGCGAGAGUUGCUUAACUUCAACGAUCGC